UGUAUUGCCUGUAGUCAUAUUCGUAUGAGUAACGUACAGUAAGUGAUUGUUUAACAAUAUUCUUGCACGGAGGUUGCCGAUAAAGGUAUUCAUCAUUACUUUGAAAUUAUACUGAUUCGAUAUCCCCGAAUUAUUUAAUAUACACUCGGAUUAGAUUAAUGGAAUGUUAUCGACAAUAAACUGCGUGAAUACAUGCGAAAUAAAACAAAUACUGUAUGUAAAGCUGUGCACAUAUUAAACUGUUGAACUUUCGGUUUCGAUUCCCCGUUAUCUUGCAGUAAACACACCGAUAAAGUAAGUAGGUCAAUCGAACGACUGCAUAACCGGAUUUUAUACAACGUAUCUGUCAUACAAACGAUACGAUAUAAGUAUGGAAGUUUCAGGAAGAAAAGUGUUUAAUGAAGAUAAUAAUUUACUUUGUAAGCCUUGUGAAGAAAGUGAAUUAUCAACGCGUGCCGAUGGUUUGUGUAGGGAGUGUGGGGAGCAUAUGUGUAAAUCUUGUUUUGAUACACAUAAAAAAUGGAAACUUAAUCGUGGACAUACCUUAACCAGCUCUGACGAAACAGUUACAGAAAAAGAAAAUGCCGAAGAUUUAGAGAAAUGCGAGCAGCACUUCAGUGAGCUGAUAAAGUUCUAUUGCCCACAACACGAACAAGUUGGAUGCGGUGACUGUAUGAUUCUUGAACACAAAGCCUGCAAAGUCGAGUAUAUUCGUGACAAGGCGAGAGUGUUCAAAAGUAGCCAGGAGUUCGAAACUCUGGUCCAAGGAGCCGAGAAGUACCUCAGUGAAGCGAAAGAAAUUUCAUCCUCAAUUAAGAAAAACAAGAUACAAGCUCUAGAUAUCAAUGAGAAGUUCCUCAAAGAUGUAAACAUGUUCAAAGAAGAAUUGAUUACACAUGUCAAUAAAAUGACAAAUGUCAUAUUAAAGCAAGGAGAAAAUAUCAGGGUGAAGGACAUGAAGAGUAUGGAUGUGUUAGAAAAGGAAAAUGAAGACUUGAUAAUUGAAAUAUCGCGCUUGACUGAAAUGUUUGAGUCACAGAUUGACCAACCUCAAAAACUCUUUGUAAGUUCAGUUUUACAAAAACCUAAACUGAAUCAACUUCGAGAACAACUUGACAGUAUACAAGGCAGAAACAAAAUUGAAAGUUACGAGUUUCAACGUAAUGAUAACCUAGAGCGUUCCGUUAAAGAUGGUAAACAACUUGGAAGUGUACAGAUAAUUAAGCCGAGGAAUGAAACGGAUGUAAAAGAAGAAAUCAAACCAAAAGAAAGAACCCCGCUGCCUCAAGUCCCUGUGCCCAGGAAACGCCAGCCCUUGCUGGACGGACAAUGGAUCUGCAGAAACAUUGCUGUUGAUGGUGAAUACCUCAGUUACGCGGAUAAUGGAAGUGGUGAUGUUGGGCUGUUUGUGGACAAGGGAUAUGACAAGGGAUAUGAUGUACAAUACUUUGAAGUAGAGAUAUUAAGCUUGGGCCAACGUGGUACUAUUGCUAUAGGUGUGGUACCAUGUAUUUAUCCAGAAAAUCAUCAGCCCGGAUGGGGAGAAGGUUCUAUAGGAUAUCAUGCAGACGACGGCUUGUUGUAUAAUGGAACGGGUACUGGGAAGACAUUUGGACCAAAAUGCAAUGUUGGUGACAGGAUAGGCUGUGGGAUAAUUGGGAUAACUGUAGGUGUUUUUCGGUGCAAAGAGAAAUACCAUAUACCAUUAUCAACGUGA